CAGCAAUCCGCAGCAGCAAUCACCGCCGGAUCCAUUCAGCUCACUGGUCAAUUUGCCGCACACGAGCAUGUCCUUUGUCAAGUCGGGGUACCUCUUGAAGGAAGGGUCGGGCCAAGGGCUCUUCCAGAAGAAGAACUGGAAGCGCCGGUACUUUGAGCUCACGUCCAGCACGCUGCGCUACUCGGUGCUCGAACAAGAUGCCAAGGCGCGAGGGCAAAUCAACCUCGAUGGGCUCUCGGGCAAGGCGAUCGAAACGCUGGCGCCGGAGACGGGUGCUGACGCGUCGCUACCAACGUCGCAGUGGCGCUUCGUUGUAGCCACGCACGACCGACGCCUCGUCAUUGCAACGUCGAGCGAGCAAGAGAUGCGCGACUGGGUCGACGCGCUCUUGCGCGUUCUACACCAAGAGCCGCGCUUCGACACGACACCGCGGUCACGGCCGACGCUAUCACAGAACGAACUCCACAAGUACCCGUUCGCCAAGCCCGCCGCAUAUGGCAGCUUGCCCAUCGUCAAGCUCGCGCUGACCAAGAUCGACGUCGCAGCGUAGCCGACGGCGGCGGUCUGCGAUACGAAUGACGCGUGUUGCCACUGGUAGCCAACGCGCGUCGCUCUACUAAUAAUUUACUGCUUUUUGAGACUUCCUCGCAGCGUUGGCAUGACGACGAAGAGUGCAAUAUAUAUAUGAAC